GGUACAGUGAGCCGGCAUCUCUCUCUCUCCCCUCUCUCUCUCUCUCUCUCUCCCCCCCUCUCCCCCAUCCCGCUAACUGGAGCCGACCGCGGUAUCCUUUUGUGUCAAAGAUGCGGGCGCCCUCCUUAAUUAACCCUCCAAUGUAGAGCGUGGGUUCACCCAGCCAACGGACUUCCCCCGCUGUCAGUCUCUCUCUGCCCCUGCCAUUCCCCAUCUCUGGUUUGCUUGCUUCUAUUUACCUCUUUGUUAAUCUCUCCUCCUCCUCUCUCUCUCUCUCUCUCUCUCUCUCUCUCUCCCUCCCUCCCUCUCUCUCUCUCUCUCUCUCUCUCUCUACCCCCUCUCUCUCUCUCCCUCCCUCCCUCGCUAUCUCUCCUCCCCUCACGCCUUCAAAGCCAGCAGUCUGCUACUCGAUCCAGACUGCUGGCUACAUGAUCCCUCGGAAAACAUUGUUCGGUGUCUCUCUCGUCGCUCGACGCUCGAGCCCUUUUACAUCCAAUCACAUGGAAAAAAGGAUGUCUCUGCUCUGGCACUGAUUCCUCCUCUCCUUUCUCAUUUCCCCCCCCUCCCCUUUCCUAAUCUCCUACCCCCCUGACCCUACCCCAACCUCCCCUCACCUCUGCCCCCUGUCCCCUUUCUCUCACCCUCGGUCUGACCUUCCCUUCCCUUCUCUCCUCCCCUGUCUCCCCCUCUCUUCGGACCCCCUCGACAAUGUUGCCAUGUGUCCAUCAGCUGCAGCUUCUUCUGGCUUUGCUCUCGUCUGUCUUGCUGUCUUCUUGGGGGCAGAACUGCCCAGCUAACUGCCAGUGCCCCGACCCCCAUACCGUGGACUGCAGCGGCCGGGGACUGACCCGUCUGCCGGACGCCAUCCCCCUGGACGUCCGCAGGCUCCGGCUGUCCGACAACUGGAUUCCCUGGAUCCCCUCCGACUUCCUGGUGCUCUACAGUGACCUGGUCUACCUGGACCUCCGGAACAACUCGCUCUCCCGGAUCGAGCCCGGGACCCUCAGCACCUCGUCCAGGCUGGUGUUCCUGGACCUGGGCAGCAACAACCUGACGGAGAUCCCCUCGGGGACGUUCGGGGAGUCCCGGAGCCUGAUCAAACUGCGACUCGGCAAUAACCCCUACCUGAGCAUGGUCAGCAAGGACGCCUUCAUGGGCCUGACCUCCCUACGGGAGCUGGAGCUGGAGCAAAACGCCCUGUCUGGCCUGGAUGUGGAGGUCCUGGGUCAGCUGCCCUCCCUGAGGCUGGUGCGCCUGGAGGGAAACCCCUGGGUGUGCAACUGCAACUUUGCCAAACUGUUUGCAUGGCUGAUGAAAAACAGGCAAAAGCUUCCAACAGGCGUUCAUGGCAUGGAGUGCUCACUUCCUGUGGACGGGAGGCGUGUGGCGCUGAGCCAGCUCUCCGAGGACAGUUUCCGGGAGUGUCAGGUGACGCUGACCCUCACUGACUAUUUGAUCGUCAUCUUCUCCGGCAUCGCCGUCUCUGUGGCGGCCAUCAUGACCAGCUUCUUCCUGGCCUCCACCGUCCACUGCUUCCAGCGUUGGAGCAAAGCCAAUAAGACAGAAGAGGAGGACAGCGAUGCCUGAAAACUUCCCCCUUCCUCUCCAUCUCCCCUGCCUCCAACUCCUGACUCCUCCCCCAGCCCCCAACCCCACCCUAUCACCCCCGGCAACCUGCCCCAUCCCUGCUCCUCUGGUAGGUCGGCCAGGAGAGGGGCAGAGAGACUGUUCCCAAUGCUUUUAGCAUGUGAAAUCCCACAGGCCGCUCUGCUGACCCAUGCAAGGUGGUCCGGGCUGCAGCAAGGUGUAGAGGGGAAGGGGAGUGGUAUUUAAAAGCACUUAAAUCAGCCGAGAGAGAAGCUGCCAUAGACUGGAAAUACAUUUAAUGGAUACUAUUUUUUGUGUCCUUCCCUCUGCACUGUAGACAAUCUUACCUGUUCAAACAGUCUUAAUUUGUAGGGCAGGAACAGUGAGCUAGUAGCUGGUCUCACUUUCCAGGUGAUCAUCCUUUUAAGAUUUAAUCCAAAUCCAAGCAAACCGCGAGGCAAUGAUUCAUUUAUUUAUUUUUUUGGUGAUAACUGAACUUUAAAAUAUGGGGCAGUUUAUGAAUUAUUUAUGAAUAUGUUCCUUUAAGGGGUUCUGAGUCUAGCACUGUGCUGAAACAGUAAAUAAAAUAAA